UCGCCUCACCACACUCAUCAUAGCCUACCUACAUGUUAUUUAGAUUUCUAAGAAGUUUAAUCUUUUUUAGUUUUCUAAUUAGUAUUUAAGGCAUUAUUAAGGUUAAAUCAGAGAUUUAAGUACAAUAAUUUUAAUAAUUGAAACGUAAAGAAGCAGAUACCGAUAAAAUAUAGACAGUAAGUAAGUUAGUUUUACGGUAAUUUGCAAAAAUAUUCCGGGCAAAAGUGUUUGGCUGCGAUCGCGGAGCAAGUUUACGCCCACACUCGCUGCUCACACAGACACGAGACCGCGCGCACCCGGUUGUCCCGCUUCUCUCUCCUUCGCGCUCGUCGUGGUGUCAAAGUGACGUCGUCCUAACGUCGUCGGUGUGGAUUAUUUCUUAAGGUGGUUCAACUCUAACCAAAAUCUCCGGGUUUUGUCCGCGCGCACCGCCGUACGGGAAGCUAGCCAAAACGACGUCGUUUACCGGAAGAGGUGGUCCCCCAGCAGGAGUGGUAGCAGCGGCGACGGCAGGAAUCGGCAGGAUGCAUCCUGGGUCGAAGAAGAUGAACGCGGCGGAACUGGAUGACCACGAGAAGGGGAAGCUCUUUGUCGGGGGGCUGUCCUGGGAGACGACCCAGGAGAACCUGCAGCGUUACUUUGGCCGGUACGGGGAGGUGAUUGACUGUGUGGUGAUGAAGAACAACGAGACGGGACGUUCCCGUGGGUUCGGGUUUGUGACGUUCGCGGAUCCGGAGAAUGUGGAGCGGGCGCUGGAGAAUGGGCCGCACACGUUGGACGGGCGGACGAUCGAUCCGAAGCCGUGCAAUCCGAGGUCGCUGCACAAGCCGAAGCGGACGGGCGGAUACCCGAAGGUGUUUUUGGGGGGACUGCCGCCGAACAUUACGGAGACGGAUCUGCGCAGCUUCUUUAGCCGGUACGGGAACGUGAUGGAGGUGGUCAUCAUGUACGACCAGGAGAAGAAGAAGAGCCGUGGCUUUGGGUUCCUGUCGUUUGAGAACGAGGCCGCGGUGGAGCGCGCAACGGCGGAACACUUUGUCAACAUUAGCGGCAAGCAGGUCGAGAUUAAGAAGGCGGAACCGCGCGACGGAAGUGGCAACAACAACAGCAUGAACGCGGACUCGUACCAGUGGGGAUCGCCGCAGGCACCUCCGAUGGGCAACGGCCAGAUGGGUGGACCCCCCAUGAACAUGCAGUCGAACAUGAUGCAGGGCUACCAGGGUUGGGGCGCGUCGCAGCCACAGCAAGGUUACGGCGGUUACGGAGCAUCGGCUGGGGCGGCCAACGCGUACCAAGGCUGGGGAGCACCUCCGCCGCAGCAGUGGGGCAACUACAACGCAACGCCGCAGCAAACCCAAGGCUACGGAGGGUACGACAUGUACAACAGCUCGGGAGCUUCCGGUGCCGGAGGUUACGGCUCGGGCAACUGGAACUCGUGGAAUAUGCCGCCGAACACGGGCUCAACCGGCUCCGCUGACAUGUACUCGCGGCCACAGUCCGGCCCCACAGCCGGUCCCGCUGGAACGGCUGGACCCACCGCCGGAGGACCCUCCAAGCCCGGCUCCGAGUACGGAGGCGGUUCGGCGUACGGUUCCGGUGCGGCCGGCGGCUACGGCGGAUACUACCAGAACGACCAGAACACAGCGGCCGCCGCAGCGUACACCAACCGGCCCAGGUCGGCCUACGGCGGCGGCAACGAUGCCUCCUCGCAGCCACCCUAUCCAGCAUUUUGAGAGACGAUGACGACGACGAGCAGGAUGCCACCGACGCCGCAGCAGCCGCAGCCGAUGCUUUUUGCGCAGCCCCAACAACAACAACAACCAACAACUUCGGCCGCGGGUGGCGCGGCGUCCGGCGGUUCCUCCUUCGACCGUAACAGUAGCUUGAUUGGAACGAAAUCGUAAACGUAAGCGAGCGAGCGAGCGAGAGGAAGAAUAUUAUUUCUUAUUUUUUAAACUUGAAGUAAAGCUAAAACAACCCUAAUUAUACAUAUACACAUUACAUAAGAAGAAGAAGCACUAUCUAAGUAAAGAGAGAGAAAACGAGAGAGAGAGAGGUGGAAGAGGAAGAAAACAAUUAUACAUAUAUUAUUAUUAUUGAAAGAAUAAAGCGCGAACCCGCAGAGAGAAGUUUAAAAACAACCACUCAAACAAAAAAAAAACCCAAAAUUGGAACCUUAUAUGAUGAUAAAAAGAAAAUAAGCAUAAUAAACACACAAACAGACAAACAAACCAACACACACACAUCUAUCUAAUAAAGCAAAACAAAAAAAAAAAAAAUAACCUUAUUAAAUUAGUCGUAGGAGUGAAGCAAACUUGAAGACCCGGGGGAGAGAGAGACAUUGUUCAAACUAUUGAUAUAAACUUGAAGUAAAAAUAAAGUAAACAAAAAAGAAAUCUUUGAAACGUCAAAUCAACUUGUUCAGAAGUUAAUAACGAGAGAUCACGUAAACACACUUACACACACACAAAACAAGAAAAAAAAAACAAACCUUCGACUUAGAGUCUAAUUUCGCCCUCUUCAAAAUUUGGAACACCCUACACUGCAACGACGAGGCAAGACAGCGAGCGAGAGAGCUUUUCUCAAAUUCUGAAGUUUCGCUCUCGAGGGGAGAGAGAGUGCACGCUCAACGGUCAUGUAUGUUUUUUUACUGAAAUCGAGUCAAAGUCGAACUUACUUUGAAGUUUGAUAGAAAAACACUAAAAUUUUAUUUGAAUUUUAAGUGAAAAUCAGUCAAAACUGGGAAGGAUUGAUCUUGAAAAAAAAUAUGAUUGAAAUUAACUUAGAAAUGUGCUAUUUCGAAUGAAGCGAGGGUAACUUUCUUGCUCAAUGUCAAGCUGUCGAACUACUCAUAUCUGAGUGAGUUUUCAAUCAAAUUGAAUCAAAUUCGAACUUUCUAAGAAAUUUCACGAAAAUUUUCAAUGAAAUUCACUCAAAUCUGAUCAGGAUCAAUCUUGAACGAAAUCUGAUUGAAAACAAGUCAGAAAUGUGCUAUUUCGGAUGAGUGUGCAGUGAAGAGAGAGUCACUCUCUUGCUCAUUGUCUAACUUUUUAAUUAUUCCCAACUAAGUUUUUUUCUACACAAAUCAAAUCAAUGUCGAACUGACACAGAAAACAGACAAAAACAAAUUUGAGUGUUUUUUUUACUAGAUAAAAAAAAGUGAAAUUCACUCAAAAAUGAGCAGAAUAAAUCUUGACGAAAUCUGAUUUAAAUUAACGCAGAAACGAGCUAUUUCAGAUGAGCGUGCAGUGAAACGAGAGCGCAGCACUCUUGCUCACUGUCUUGCUGUCGAGCCCCUCACCUUCUUUCUCACGGUUAGAACAAGAAAAUCUGAGCCGACGUCAAAAUCACUCAGGCUUCGUCAAAUCUGCGCCUACUCAUUUGUGAGAUUGGAGGCAAAUGUCAGAUUCGAGCGAGUUUCUCUCAAAAAAGUUUGAGUGACAUUUCGCAUUUUCUGACAGUUGACUCUGCACUCAACUUUGAAAUAGAGCAGAUUUGAGCAAAUCUGAAAGAUUUUGAGUAUGGUGUCAAGUGGUUAAAAAAAAUCGUAAAAAACUGUAUCGCUGAGGAAACAAAUUAAAACAAUUUAUUUCUUUUUCUUAACAACAAAAAAAAAUCGUUACACACACAAAAAAGAGCAACACACACACAUACAACUUGUUUUUCUUUUUCUAGAACGGAACGAUAAGGAUAUACAUUACUAUACUUAAUCAGGUACCCAUAAUAAUAGCGGAAACAAAAUCGAAGAAAAACUUUACCAACGGGAAAGAUUCUACACUGUGUGGAAAAUGUUGCGCGCGUUUUUUUUAAGGUUAAAAAGUGGCUGUUUCACGUUUAAUUUUCGCAGAAAAAAACCUUAAUCUAAACUGUUUCGUUAAUUUUUCGAUUAAGCCUUACACCGUAAGAAUCACAACACACACAACUGAUGAUGAAAGAGACUCAGAGCUAAAGCCUGGUUUUAUUUUUUAAGUUUUUCCUUAUUUUUUUGGGCUGCGUUCGCGAUUUAAAGAUGAAAUCUUUUGAGCGAGCGCGGAAAAUUUAACUUUAAAUUUGUGCGUAAAAGGUUAAAAAUCAAAUCGACUCUUAGAGGUAUUUUUAAAAUUUAACAUUUAAUGAAAUGAGCGAGAGGGAGAGAAACUUGUGCAACCUCUCGCCAGUAAUCUUAGGGAAAAGUAACUAAAAAAAUAGAGAGGAUGAGUAACGUUAACUUUUUAUGUUUUUCUGAGAAACUAUGUAACGAAGAAAACUCCUUGAUCAGUCGUCGCGUUUAAGCCUAACUUAAGAAAGAGAAUUAAAAAGGGGAAAUAGCGGGAAAUGUAAAAGAGAAGAUUUGUUUUUUUAAUUAACAUUAACGAUAACACGAUGAAGAGAUAUAGCAACAUACAAAAAAAAAGCAAAAAACACAGGCUAAGAGAAAUAAGAACAGAGAGACAGAGCAAAAUCUAGCGAAUAAUUAUUAUGGGUAAGUUUGAUAAAACGUAAGCGUAAAUCACUACACAAAACCAACAAAUUAGACAAGAGAGAAUUAAAGAAAAAGGCAGGAACUGAAAACUCCCCCUGUUUUUUGUAAGGACAAACCCCCUUUUAGAGCCAAGCUAAACUACAAGUUUAAAGUUAUUGAAGAAAUAAGAAGAAUAAAAAAAAAACAAGAUUAAGAUUCGUAGCCGAGUCGAGUAAUACUUUCACCUGAUUAGUAAAACCAAGUAAGCAAACCGCAUUAAGCAACAUGAAACAAACAAAAGAAAGAGACAAAAAUCGCAGUCAAAAUAGUACGUUUCCUCGUGGUUUUGUUUUCCAACGAAAGAGAAAGCUAGAAAAAGAAAUAAGUUACUUCUAAUUCUAAUCUAAAAACAAAAACAAAAAAGAGAGAAUCCUUUAUUAAACAAGAUAUGUAAAAAAACCUCUAUUAACAAAAAGCCGAUACACAUUGCGAACCGCAUUCAUUGAAUAUAUCACUGACGAUAAAGUAUAAUGAGACACAACUUAUGAUAAAUGAGAGAAAAAAAAACCGAACAGUUUAAGAGAGUUAAAAAAAGAGAAGUGGAUCAGCUUUCCCUUUUGUGUGUUUAUUUUUUCUUUUCUUCGUCGGGACUUGUACAAAGAAAGAGUGUUUAAAAGCAAAAAAAAAAAAUCAUUUUCUUACCUGUAAUUCUUCGGCUUUUUUGUUUUGCAAGAGAAAAACAACCCGCGCACUCGAGAGUUAAAUUCAAACUAAACAAUCAUAGUAACCUUAUAAUAAAACUCAUAUUAAAAACAAAACAAGCAAAUAGAGCAGAAACUUAGCAUGCGUAGGCGUUCUGGCGGGCAAGCCAACUUUUGUGAAAGGGUGACAGAAAUUUAUCUUUUUUUUACUUACAUUAUUUUUUGUAUUCAAACAUAUUAUAAUCGUCAUUAUUAUUAUUAUUUUCUUGUCUUCUUUAUAAUAAAACAAAACAAAUCAUUAUUUUGCUUGACCAAGCAGUAGUAAUUAUAAUCGUUUAUAUUUUUCUACCCCCCUUUGCCAGGAUAAUUAUAUUCUGAAUCUUUUAUUCCUGUUCACUUCGAAGUAAAAGAAGACCUAAUAAAAAUGCAAAAAAAAAUCGUUUUGUUUUUUACUUUUUUUUCAUUAUUAUUUGAGAACAUCUAUCCCUUUCAUUUUUACCUUCAUUUCUUGAUUUCUGUUUGUUUCCUUUUCAGUUUAAUCUCAGAAGAGCAGUUUUCUCUAGAAUGACCAAUUAUUGCAACAUUAGUUUGUUCAUACCAAACCUGAGACAGUUUUGACAGCUGCCCAAACAAAAAUGCCAACAAAAUUUAAAAAAAAUCGCUAUCUGACCGAUUUGGUGCCCUGGGAAAAAAUUUCUUAGGCGAUUUCAGUGAAUAAGGCAUUCUAGGCCCAGUUUUUUUAAAUAAAAUUUAACUCAAAAAUGACGAACGUGUCCUGAUGCAAACAAUAGAGGUUUCUACAUGCGCAUGUAUAGAGUUAUCUACGUGCGCAUGUAUUGCGUGUACGUACACAAAAAAGAUUGAGGUUAAAUUUUGUCCGGCCAGCAAAAUUAAAUGGUGCGCUAGUGUGCGUACGCGAAACGUCAUAAAGCUAUAUUAGUGUUGAGACAUAAAAACCAAAAAAUAAAUAAAAUGAAAAGGCAUUUCUGUUUUGUGCGUGAAAAUUAGAGGUUAAAUUUUUUUAGAGUGUAAAUUUUUUUCGAAGCAUUUUUCUAUGAAAAGCUGUCAAAGUUGUAUGAACUAUAUGAUGCAAAUGGAUUAUUUGGUCAAAGAGAAAGUACUCAAAAAAUUCCAGACGAAUCAUCUGCCGAUAAUGUUUUGUAAACAAAGAGCUAAAUCUCAAUGCAAACGUCGAGGUGAACAUCCUCUGACGUGAAAAAAUUGUUAGUUUACUAACUAACAAUGGCCGAUUUAAAACUAUUUGCUUGAAAUUAUCAUUGUUGCGAACUUUGGAGUCACAGAGCAUUGCUCAGCAGGCUGCGUGGCUGCCAACCACGCGGAUUGACUAAAAUCACAUGGCCAACAAGCCACUUGGCUCAACGCAGUUGACAGUUGGCAUGGCAGAAAAAGGAGUCACGUGGUCAAAGGUAACUAGAUUGUAGCAGGUCAAAAGGAGUGGAAUUUUUUAAAGUUUGUAAUUGUUGAAAUAAUUUACCUGAAAACUACCCGAAAUUAUUGAUCUAAAGGGUAGAAACAUUUUUUUAAUUUCUUUUGUUUACUAAAUAUGAGUUAUUUUAAAAUUCCAGGGCGUAACAAUUCUUCCCAAUUUUAAAUCUUCUUAAGUUUGAGGUAAUUUUUAUUCACUUACCUGUUUAAACUCAGCUUCAGUUUCGAUCAAAGUGCCACAAAAUGUUUCAAAUUGUUUAAACACGCUUUAAGAGAACAACUGCUGCUUUCGCUGGAGGCUGCUGCAACCAAAAUGUAAUUUAGAGGCAAAUGCAAAAAACAAAGUAAAUCACACACACUUUAGUAUCAAUACACAAAGAAAUUGAAAAGACUGGUAACUAACAACAUUUGAAUUAAGAGGCAGGAAGGCAGUUAUGUAACAUACUAGGGUGAAAAAAACACAAAACAAAAAAAUGUCGACUUAAGUUGAGGAUCAUGUUCUGCAUUUUUUCAGGAUAAAACGAGUGUAAGUUUCUCGUGCAACGAGACGAUCUUUGUUAAUAAUACGCGAAUCCCCAGGAAAGGAAUUUCCCCCGUAUGUAUUGUUGAGAGAAAGUUUUUCCUUUUUGCAAAAAGAAUAACAAAAAAAAAGUUGCUAAUAUGGCGCUCUAGAAGAUAAAGAAAUCCAGCUUAGAACGUAAGUUACUGAUAUAUCAUCCCAUAAGACAACAUCGCGCUAGUGUUCGAGAUUUUCGAAGACGGCCUGCGCGUUUCGAGAAUGUAUGAAGUUUGAUGCCCUUUUUAUGUGAGACACGGUAAGUUUUUUAAAUUAAUCCACGCAAAAAAAAAAAUACAGUGUAAAUUUAUAAAUUUAGUACGAGCAGAGGGCGGAGGGUAAGCGUAGUGUACAACAGCAAAACUAAAGUUAAAGUUAAAAAGAAAACAAACAUUUUAUCUGCAAAUUAUAGGCCAAAUCCACCAUCAUCUUAAGGAUUAGAUUAGUGAAUAGACAGAACAAGUCGAAAUAGUGAUUACAGCCAGCAAGCAGCUCGCAGCGAACUCUUGAAAGUGUGUGUGUGUGUGAAAAUCGUAUCGGUUACAGAAAUGUUACAACCUGCGGGGAAGAAUUGUUGCACUAUUUCUUUGUCGAGUCCCGAAAAACGACGAACUCUCUGAACCCCACUUUUCGCUGUCCACUAAAUCCCAUCGUACAGUAUUGAUCAGUGUGUAAGUUCCGUACAAUAAAACCAGUUUUUCUGAUAGUUUCCUGCAGACAAGAAAAAAAAAUACCUGUGUAAAUUGUUAUCUUAGAGUGUAUAGCCGUUACAAAAUGAUGAAAUCUGGGAUAGAAUCAAGCAAAAGAGAGAAAAAAAAAAACAAAAUUAAGUAAGAGGUAAACAUUUUUGAAGGAGUAUGAUUAUUCUUUAAUUUAACAUUGCCUUAUUAACUAUAAAGAAAGAAACUACAAAACAGAGAUGACGUGAAAACCAGUUUAAGAGAAAUAAAAAAAAUACAAUGCAAAUUACAUUUACAUAACACUUAAACACACUGAAAAAAACACAGUAGUGAACAGAAAAAUUACGAGCAAGUGGCGAUGUGGGAAAACAGAUUUAAACUAUACUCUUAAUUUAACGGCUAACGGAAAACUUGAAUCGCAAUGGAUAAAAGGAAAAGGGAAUAAAAAACACAUUCACACUGACACGUUAAAUAACAUAAAGUACCGAACAAAAAAUAAAGAACCAUUGAGCAUAUUUUGAUUAAGUAUAUCAAUGUAUUCUGUAUCUUACAUAAGAAAUAAUGACGAAACAUGCUGAAAAUUGUAUUAUGAAGUAUAUGAAAACCACUAUUUUAAAACUAAAUAAGGCAGAUAUGAAUAUAAACUUGAUGUAAUAAAGUAAAACCUAUAUAUAUGAAAUAUUUAAAAUAUGCAAACCAGGAAAAUUAAUGGAGUUUGACAAAAAAACCAAAACAGAGUAUUUUGAACAACAAAAGUCAACGUAAUUUUUUGUUUUGAUUUACAGCUGUAUGACUUAGAAAAAAAAACUAAAAUCUAAUUUAUGGCCUUCUUUACAAACAUUAAAACCAUUCAGAGUAGCACCCGGUAGAUCUUAGCAAGAAAAUACAUACAGCAAUGGUUAUAAAAAAGUACUCACGGCAAUAGAAACUAGAGAAAAAGUGAAAUAAGCAAAAAA